AUGUGCGAUAGUUUAAAGCGUGAAUCUACUCACAAGAACACAAUGAUUUCAUUAAAGAAAAAAGCAAAUCAAUUAGAGAACGAAGUUACCGAGAAAAUCAAUACACCAGAUAAACCCAUACCAAUAUUUUAUGGAGAUCGUUUUAUACCUCGACGAUUUUUAUUAAAAAAUUGUGAAAACAACUUGAAAUUCGCUUUGAAAAAGCCGUCUAGAGAUGUUCUUUCAUUGUGUACUAGCAAUGACUAUUGGAGAGAGAAUACCUAUUUGCCAACGAUAAAUUUUAUAAUGGAAAUGACACAGGAUCGUAUACUGCAGCUAAUGGAUCCAGUAGUGAAAUCAACUGGUCUUAUGUUAAGAUCACGUUGCCGAGACAUCAAUGAAAAUAAUUGUUUUUUAUAUGAUUGGCCUUGCAGGCCUCGAUCGAAACCAUCUGUAUCUCUUGAUACCACUUUUGAUCUGCCAGAUUAUGAUUCCAGCUGUGAUCAGAACCUAGUUGAUUGGUCAAUACGAGGUCAAAUUGCCGUUUCUUUUGGUCACGAUGUAAUAAUAUGGCAAAGCAAGGAAGAUAUAACCAUGGCCUUCGAUAUUAAGUGUCCACGAUCGUUGGCAUAUAGUCCGAAUGGGGAGUUUUUGGCUAUUGGCUGCAAGUCUUGUGAAUACCCAGUAUUGGAACUGUGGGAUGUGUCAUGUCCUCAAGAUUUUUGUGUAAUUUGUGGAAAAGCGUUUGGUUUAAAACACAUUGCUGUGCAAUGCAUUGAGUGGACCUCAUCGGGCAAACAAAUUGUAUGUGGAACCCACUAUGGAUCUAUGUACAUUUUAUCCAUUCCCGAUAUGAAUACUAUCAAGAAGAUACGGAAGCAUCAUUUGCCAAUAACAAUAAUACGUUUCUCACCCACCAUGCGUUAUUUGGCCAGUGGGGAUUCUGAGGGAAACAUUGUCAUCUAUAACUGGAAUAUGUGCACUGUAUAUCUGUAUGUAAGAUCCAGACGUAAACUGAAUGUCGUUUUCGAUUGGCAUCCGUGGACUGGAGUUGAUUUGGCCAUCUCCGAGGAUGUUCCUGCUUCCAUUGUGCUUCUACAUGUUCCCACCAAGAAAAUCGUUGCAUAUUAUCAACAAAAUGGGUCAAAAAUUGCAAUUAAUUAUAUAUCGUUUAGUAAACUUACAGGUGAAUUACUGGUCAGCACUUCCAGUCAAGAUGGAAACGCAUGUAAUGAUUAUAAGGUUUUAGUAAUGUCUUCGCUAGAUCGAAUUGUAGACAUACUGAAAAUACCAGAUGGUGGAGCCAGAUUUUUAAUGUGGAGUCCAGAUGGUACAAGAGUUGCCACAACUGGAAAUGAUGAGACUCUAACUUUGUGGAAUUUUUAUCCAGCGAAAAAAAGCAAAUAUUUUAAGAAACUUAAUGGAUUAAAAGCAAAAUCUUCAAUGGAAUCUAAAUUUGGAAAUCAAUUUAAAAAAUGGUGUUAUUUAAAAUGA